AACUGCUAGCGAAUACUUUGAAAAGCCGGAAGCCAUUUAUUUGACAAAGCAAAGACUUGUACUAAAUGAACGCGAGUUUGGGUUUUUGACAAGUUCCAUGUGUAUACCAGCGGGAAUUUCUUUGAUCCCAAAAUAAAACAAUGCCAAACGUAUGAUGUUGCUGGAUUAGCGAACGCUGUGUCCGAUAGUUCGUGCUAUAUUUUAUCCUUGUCCUUGCUUAUGUCCAGCGGGAACAGAAUUUGAAACUGAACUAUUGAGGGUUGUUCGAUUGGCUUCAUACAAGAUAGCCGUAUAUACAUAGCACGUUUACGCUAUCUUUUUCGGCUAAUUCCUCUAAGGGCUAUCGACCUACGGUAUAAGGCUUAAAAUAUGAAUAGUACAAGAUUAUGCAACUAUAUAUUCUUUGGUUUCCAGACCUAUAUUAUCGAACAUUAUCUUCUAGGGCUAUAUUUUAAUAUUAGGCUCGCAUAGUUCACCAAAAACUGGUACUCGACUCUUCCGAAUUUUCGUCUUAUUAUACUUCUCCAGGGUAGACCACGACCAUCUGGGUUUUGUGACUGAUUAGGCAUGCAAUGAUACAUCACCCAUCCCUGGUAACGCGAUAUGCGCAAACGAAGGUUCAACGGGUGAGUACGCAGCUCUUACAAGAUGCAAUUUGAUUGGGCAAAUGAACAAUAUCCGCACCUCGACACAAAGAAAGAGAAGAAUAGAGACAAAAGAACUCCUUUGUAGAACAAAGAUAAUAGGAGACAAAGCAGCUGCGUACUUAGUCGGUCCAACCGCUGUUAAGGCCUUUUCACGUACUAAUACAUACAACUUAACAUGAGACUAUUGGCUUGGUCUAUAGCGUUGGUUUAUGGAUGUAAUUUGAUGAAAUGUGACGUUUGACGUUAUUUUCUAUGUAUUAUUAUAUUAUUUUUUAUAUAUUUAUAUUUAUAUAUUUCGGGAGCGCAUACGCCGGAUCAUAUGCCGGAUAAGACCCAUCUUUUUUUUUUAAUAAUUCCUGAUUUAACCAAGUUUUUAGUUCUGAAAGUUGUUUACGUUCUCUAUUCAGUUAAACUGCCUUCGAAACGGUUUUUCAAAAUUAAAAAAAAAAGAUUAAAAAACUCAUUUAUAAUGCCGAAUAGUUUAUCCACCUUUAAGUCUGAUCGUUACGGUUUUAAUCAGAAUUUUAUGAAUUUUCGCGUGAAAAUUUUCGUUUGCAGGCGGUUAGUUGUCCAUUUUAUGUUUUCUAAAAUAAUACCUCAUACUUUUUAAAUAUUGAAAAUCGCCUAAACACAAAGUAUGGUAAUGUGGUUUUAUCUGACUUGAAGUGACAAAAUUGUGAUGAAAUUGGAGUUAAAUUGUUUUCUAUUGGAAAUCACUCCUGAGGUGAGAUGUACAAACACGCCCACGUAUAUUAAAAGUCUCGAUUUUUCAAAAUUGAUUUUUAUUCCCAAAACUGAUGCACCAAUAAUGAUUUUCUCUAAUUAUCAGCAUCUUCUGUCCGUUCUUACCGACUUCUUUUUUAUUUUAGGACUUGUGUUACUCACAAAUGUAUAUUAUCCGGCCAUCUGUUAGAAUUGUAAUUACUAAAUUUGCUAUAUGUUUUUUUUAUUCUAUUCAUUUCGUUAUUAAAGUUUUCCAAUAACAUUUUCCGCCACAUAGCUCUUUUAUUAAUUGUAGUCAACAACAAAUACAAACAGCUGUGUUUAAUUUUUUUUAAAGGGCUAGCUUUUAUUUCUUACAUUUUCGAACUUUGUUUUCUUUUUGUCUCUUGUAUUUAUAAUUAUAAGCUGGAUCUUGUUGAUUUCAAGCUUCCAUAUACUUUUUAUGUUGUUGUUUAGUCUCUUUUAAUUUUAAUUAAUUAAUUUUAAUUUCAACGAUUCAAAUACAUCAUGUUUGUUUUUACUCGAGAUUUGCUCAUUUGUUCCUUCUGGGUUGGCACUGUCUGUAUUAACAACAUAUCUUGCUAGACAAUUAAGCAGUUUUAACUCUGCUACUCGCUGCGCGGUGAAGUAAAACUUUUCUUCGUAUCCUAAUAAUUGAAAUUAUCUCUAAAAACUGCUUGGAACUGAUUGCGACUGGAAAACGCAGUGGAAAAGAAGGAACAUCGCCAGUUGGCGAUACUGUUUUCCUAUUGCUAAUAUUUCUUGGGACUCUUGGGAUUUCUUGAGAACACAAGAUCUGCUUGGAUUCGUAUAUCAGCAACUUUAACAUAUUGGUAGGAUCUAUGCGAGGACCUUCUUUCUAGAAACUCAAAGUAAAUUCAUCCUCGUCCUCUGUGAUUGGACACCUGCUAGCUGUGAAUCGAAAUCUCAAUGUAUGCCGUGCUGUGGCUGUAAAGAAACAUCCGACAGAGCAGGGAACCGAUGGCAUUCGGAUGGUGAUAGUAAAUUGAAUGUUGCUGAAUGUAAAUUGAACGUUUGAGAGGGAAAAAAACGAAAAUUAAUCAAGAGAGCAAGAAAAAAAAAAGAAACUUGAGAGAGCGUCUAGUGUUUGGAUGGAAGUGUAGUAGCAAUAGAACUAUCCUAAAAAAGGUGCCUUCUUAGAAAUCGCUUGACUGGUAUAGCGAACAUGAGUGUUUUUGACAACAAUCGUACUAAGUGCUUCAUAUUCGUCACAUGGGAGGAGUUAAGCACUACGUAUUUCGUGCUGAGCGCAGUGAAUGGCGUCUUCUCUGUCAUCGCUGCCACACUCAACGCUCUCAUCCUCCUUACUGUCCUGAAGUCGCCCUCUCUCCGCACGCCGUCCUACAUCUUCCUGUGCAACCUCGCUAUCUCUGACCUGGCCGUCGGGGUUUGUAUCCAGCCUUUAUGUUCAGCAGUGAUGGCUCUACAAGGACUUGGUGUAAUGGCAAAGCACUGCACCCUUGUUGGUGCAUUCUCAGUGCUCUGCAUUUACUUCGCCGGGAUCUCUUUUAUUGGUGUUUCCCUCAUGAAUUGUGAUCUUUACCUCGCGCUGUACCUUAACCUGAAGUACGUAUGGAUAGUCACCGUACCCCGCUCCAUCUUACUGACAAUCACUAGUUGGAUCUCCCUCGCAGUGUACUCUGUUCUUUGGGUGUUCGUCUUUAAGUGGGGCGAGACUUUCGCUUUUGUGACGCUAGGGAUCAUACUGUUUUUCGUGCUCCUGAAUGUGGUCGCGUACCUCAAGAUCUACCGGGUCAUACGGCGUCACAGACGGCAGAUACAAGUUCAGAGCCUUGCCGUAAGCGAGACAAGUGAUGGUACAAACACCAUGAGGCGAAACCGGAAAUCCGUCAAGGGAACCUUCUAUGUGUUUCUGCUGUUUCUCUUUUGCUACGUGCCGUACAUUCUCUGCUCCGGGCUGGUCUUCUUUCUCGGUCUUAAUGAAUGGCUUGAGAGAGCUGUGCAGGUUUCGGUGACGAUCAUAUUUUUGAACUCUAGUCUCAAUCCGCUGCUUUACUGUUGGAAGAGAAAGGACCUAAGGGAGAAUGUUAAGAGGGUCAUCAAAGAGUUGAUUCCUAGUCAUCUGACCUGAUGCGGUUGUUUUCAUCAACAUCAUCACCAUUGACAUUUUAUAAACCUAUUUCAAAUAAGGUUGCACUAGAGAAUCUGUGUCGUACGUAUCCUGCAAUGGCUUAUUGGUAACGUAUAAAUGGCUGAAUCCAGGUCUUAUAUGAAUAAUAUUUACAGGCACACAAACAAGAAACCAACAAUUUUCAUAACCUGGAUUUUAUUUUAUUUACGCUCAUUUGCCUAUUUGAUUGAUACCCAUGAAGCAUUGCGCGUUACAACACAUGAAUUCUCUGAGUGCAACCCUAUUUGGAAUAGGCGUAUAUAAUCACCAUCGUCAUCAUUUUCGGCAUCGUUAUCAUCAACAUUUUUAUCUUAUUCACAGACGUCAUCUUUACUAUUACUAUCAUCGUCAUAAUCACCAUCAUCUAUCUCACCCUAAACUAAAACUGUUAGCAUUACCAUCUUCAUCAAUAAUAUAAUUCAUAAUUCGUCGGUCGUUUUUAUUACUAUCAUCACUAUCCUCAACAUAAUCAUCAAUUAUUACCCCCUUAAUGUUUUAGGAUAUAGCCAGCCUUGAGAAUAACAAUUAGCUGUUAGAAAAUCACCCGUAAACAGAGUAGAAAAGCAAUUGCAGGGAAAGAGCUUCGUGGUUUCAGUUUAAGAGCCGACGGAAACCUCAACCAACCGACAA